AUGCAGACCGCUAGUAAUCAAGAAAGCAGCCGGAGAGAUACUCGCGUUAUAUCGCGCUUAUCGAUUACCGCGUGUUUGCGGUGUCGCAAUCAGAAGUUGAAGUGUGGCCGUGAACAUCCUAUAUGCGCACGGUGCGAUCGACUCGAGGCGACUUGUGUCUACCCCAAUCCUCCAGAUCGCCGGGGCCCACGAAGCAAGCGCAGGCAGAAGCUGCUGUACAAGGCAGCUGAACGCAGUCGUGACGAUACCCACUCUGGGAAUACUACCAUUCAGCAUCCUUGCAAUGGGCCGAUAUCACAAGAGGCAUCACCAAUUGGUGGACCAACGUCAAGCUCACAUCCCGUCUCUCAAGCUCUUUUCUUGACCCCACUUGGUCCCAGUCAUUCCUUUGAAGAAAAUGCAGCCUCUCCAAGUCAUGCUGGGAUAGGCGACGCAUCCACUAGCCUAGCCGCAGGAACUCCUGUGCUAUCUGAUUCCUAUCCCACUCAGCUGCGUAGAAUGAGAUCGAUCGCAACAGAGUCAACAAUCGAAACAAAGCAACCACCGUUGCCACCGACUGCCCUUGGUCUUUCAUUACUAGAAAUAUACUUUGCGCGCAUAUACAAUGCGUCACUUUUAUUUCACAAACCUCUUCUUUUUCAGGAGUAUCUCGAGGGCAAAAUACAUCGGGCUCUUCUCAAAGCAUUGUUUGCUUUAGCAACCUUGUUUCUCCAUCCAAGAGAUGAUGGAGAAGAAUACUCCCAAGAUGAAAAUACGGAGCUUAAAGUUCUGAGUGUGUAUCACCCUUGUGGACUCCCAUGGGCAAAAGCUGCCUUGAGAGAAGCCAUGCCGUUGGCUUUGGAAUCCCCGUCUCUUAUGAUAGCUCAAGCGUUAGAGUGCAUUCAGCUCUAUUGGUUUGGCAUCGGCCAGCCUCACUCGGGAAAUCUAUGCCUCGCUCUUGCCUAUCGAUCAUGUCAAAUGCUUGGAUUUGACAGGAAGUUUGCGAAUGAGAAUGAUGGUUCGGUUGAAUCUGAACUCAAACGACGAUGCUUCUGGGCAUGCUGGACAUCUACAUGCAUUGUUAUGGAGCCGGAACCAUACAUCGAGUCAGCUUGGAAGGAAGUAGCCAUGCUGCCACUUCCAUGCUCAAUUUCUUCUACGUUAUCAGGCUGUGAAGUAUCCUUUAAUCAGAUGAUGAAUGGAGAUUGGCACUCUAUUUCCGUACGAUCCUCCACAAGAGAUUCUCACCCUUCCACCACCGCGGGUUUGUUGAUCAAAAUGAUUGGUGUUUGGGCAAAAGUCCAGCUCCUGUGCAAGGACCACUCCUCAUCUGCAAUUUCUAAGAACCUCAACUCGGCGCAGCAUUUAUCCGGUUUGGCAGCAUCACUAUUUGAUGAUGCUUCUGCUGUGAGGGCCUCUGUUCGUCAAGACGAUAAAACGCCCGAAGUCCAGAUUCUAUUACUUUUUCAUGAUGCUGUUUAUCAUCAAUGCCAAAUUGUCUUACACUCCAUGAUUGUUCCUCUAUUCUCAGGCAUCCCUACUGACCCGAACAUUGAUCCCGAGACACAAAGAAAAGCAGCAGAGACUGUCACUUACCAUGCAGACUUAUUUGAGAGCCUAUUGGCUCCUUACCUUUAUGACCGAAAGGAUGUUUCACGACUGCCUCCUCUUGUUGGCUAUGGCGCUUUUGUAGUGGGUAUAGUGAUCCUGUCUACACACAUUUCUCGCCGUAACCAAUCGGUGAGUGAACCACCGGUGAACACCGGUAAAACGGACUGCAGACUGGUUGCUGUAGAAGCAAUACUACGCUUGAUAGACACUCUUAGAGUAUAUUGGAGAGCUUUGCAGCAUCCUUGGGAAACUUUACACUCUGCCUUACAGGCCGGCCUUUCAGCGCCUAGAAACCCAUCCAGGCCAGUUGAGUCACGAGAUAUUCAACCAUCGCUGUAUUCUAACAACCACCGCCCGUCCACGACCUUGGAAGGAUCUAAUCAACCCGUGGACUUUGAAAGUGGGCAUCCACAACCUUCCGCCACGAACAGGAACGCGAGCGAAUAUAUUGAAGAAACGCAAGCCUCAGCUACGAGUCGGGAUAAUGGCGGUUCUGGAUUAGAUAGUUUAGUUGAUAUGACGGCAAAUGACUCGUCCAUGAGCCAAAUGGAUUUGUUACCAGACCCUGAAUGGUACAGUUUGUCUUUUGCAGAAGCUGGGGUUGAGCAGUUUUCUGGACUUGAACCAUCUAUCCUCUUUCAACAGGGUUGGAGGGCGUUUAGUUAG